AUGAUCGAGAGAAAUUUUAGUUUUGAAGAUGUUUUGCGUGCCGGGUUAUCGGGACGAUUUCUCUCUUGGAACGAAUACCAAGUGAGAAAUCACCAGUCACAAAAUGUUACUCCUUUGAAUUUGCACAUUCCAAACCCACCACUACUCGAAGCGGCAAAUCCAUCAAACUUUGGCGUCGCCAACCAACCAUUCCCUCUUCUUCCAGGAUACACUCGCUAUCCCGGUACCUCUGAAUUUGCCGAUCCUUAUAUCAAUAAUAUCCACAUUUCUACGGCCACUACACUUGCUGCCUUUGUUGCUAAUGCUAGCGCAAUAGGUUUGACCUUUGCUCAAUUUUCUCAAGAUGAUGCAGUAUCACCUUUUUGCAUUUCUCCCUUGCAAGAUCAAAGCACCGAUCCCCAUAGUCUAGAAACAGGGCUUUACAACAAUAUCGCGCGGGAUUUGCGACCAGCAGCCAACCAGAUUACUACAUCUCACCAUCCAUACCUUGACGUAAUCCCUUUUCCCGAAUUUCGCAGCCGCGCCAUCUCAGUACUGGACAUGGAUCCACCGCUGAUCGACGAGGACGAACUCUGUGCGGAUCUGGUGGGUGGUGGAGUCAUCUGUUGGGGCGGUUACAGGGGAGUAGGUCAUGGUAGGGGUGAGGGAACGCCUUGGGAUAUGCGGAGCUGGGAGGCGGCACCUUGGUUUUUACGAAAGUGGUGGAUGUUAACGGGGGAUGAGAAUUGUGAAAUGUGGAGCCACGCUAAGUGGUGGUGGGCUCUGAGGGGUGGGAAUGUAACAGACCGACGUCGUUAG